AUGGAAGAUUUGCUUUGGAAUAGUUCAUGGAGUAACGAAGAAGACAGCGGUUCCGAAGAAAGCUUAUUCGUCUCCGACGUUCCGGGUCGAUGUUCAAGUCCACCAUUACAAGAGCUUCAAACAGUGGCAAGAAUAUUGGGGUUGCCGGAGAUCGAUACUCGGACGCUGGAGAUAAGGGUAGAGAAAUUGGCUAAGGAUUCCAAUGUUUUAUUUGAACGUGAAAAGUCGUGUCCGGUGGAAGUUAACACCGGUGGAGUUUUGUUCGAAGUGCUUGAAAAUGACCAAGGAAUUGCACCAAAAGGUGGAUUUUUGGAUAUUUUUGAGAACCAAAAAUUAAGCCAACAAAACCCCAUAAUAGAAAAACUGCCAAGUUCGACCAACUCUACAACUCCAUCACCAUCUCCCUCUUCAUCAUCUUCGUACAUCGAGGAGAUUGAGCAGGUUGUUGAUCAAGAUAGGUUUGUGUCACAAAUGAAGCAAUGGAUAUACUAUGCAGCGGUGUUUAAGCCAUUAAACCUGGGAUUGGAGACGGUGGAGAAGAAGAGGCGGAGGAACGUCAAAGUGUCGAAAGAGCCUCAAACCGUAGCGGCAAGAAAACGAAGAGAGAAAAUAAGCGAAAAAAUUAGGGUUUUGCAGAGGUUAGUUCCUGGUGGGAGCAAAAUGGACAUUGCCUCCAUGCUUGAUGAGGCAGCAAGCUACCUCAAGUUCCUUAGGGCACAAAUCAAAGCACUAGAAGGCUUAAACUACAAAUUUGGCUCUACAGAUUGUCUCUCAACUUGCACCCCUUUCAACCCUACUUUUCCCACAAAUCCUUAAUUUUUCUCCUUA